AUUCCUUCAAGGCCACAGUUCCAAAGUACUCCUAGGCCUUCAGAAGCAAUGGCAACCUCUCAAGAGCAAACUAAUCGUGCCCGAGCCUUGUGGCUAACAUGCCUUGCUUCGGCCUUGCGAACCGCUCUAGCUUGCACCAUAGUAGCCAUCAUCACCCUCUAUGGCCCUCCCUCUCUCCGGCACCAAGUAGCCUUGCCUGCAUUCUCCUACGUGACUGUCAUCCUCAUUGUUCCUGAUGCAACUCUAGGUGACACAUUGCGUGGAUUCUGGCUCGCACUUUACGCUACUAUCCAGAGCGUCGGGCCGGGUAUAUUGAGCCUAUGGCUCAUUAGACCGGCCCGCCUUACCACCAGCACAACGGUUGUGGCCGUUGGUUUGGCAGCAUUUGUGGUGGUUCUGCCUGGAGAGGCUACUCAUUUGGUGUCCAAACGCAUAGCCUUGGGACAGAUUGUGCUUGUAUACGUGAUUGCUUUCAUAAAGGGUGGGAGCGUGGACGCCAUCAUGCACCCUGUGCAUGUAGCAGCGAGUACGGCCGUUGGUGUCUUGGCUUGUGUUCUUGCUUUGUUGGUUCCAUUCCCACGCUUGGCUAGCCGAGAGGUUAAACAGAACUCAAAGCUGCUCGUGGAGAAUGCUUCGGAGAGGCUCAAGCUCUUUGUGAAGGCUUUCUGUGCAGAAGAUAACUCAUCUGCGCUUGCUUCAAUUUCACAAACCAAGUCCUUGGCUUCUACAGCAAUAAAGCUUUUCCAAACCAUCAAACGCCACCAGGAAAGCAUGCAAUGGGAGAGAUUUCCAUUAACUCUUUUGAGACACAGCAACUUCAAUCCGGGAAACAGAUUGCGAGGUUUGGAGAUUCCUUUGAAAGGAAUGGAAAUGGCAUUGAGCAUUACUCCUUCAUUCCCAGUUGGGGUAGUGGAUGGAGAUGGAGAGCUCAAGAGUGCUCUACUUAAACUAGUAGAGGAGCAAAUGAGCUUAAAUACAAGCAUUCCUUGUGAAGAUGCAAUAACUGUUCCUGAAUCAAAACCAGAAAUUGAUAUUAGGUGCCUCCAAACACUUCAAACCAUCCCACAAACCCUACAGAAUUUACCCCCAUUUUUCUUUUUGUUUUGUAUAAGUCUCCUUCAUGGAAAUUUAUCAGCCACAAGUAGUUCUGCUACUACUGCACAGGACAAAUUGGUGACUCACCCAAAAAAAGAAGCACUUACUUCAUGUAAACAAAGUGUGGUAUGGAGUAACUUCUACAUGAAGGUAAAUAGCAAAAGGGUUAUGGCAGCUUUCAAGUGCUCACUUUCAGUAGGUCUAGCUGUGUUCUUUGGUUUGAUAUUCAGCAAAGAAAAUGGCCACUGGUCAGGGCUCCCAGUUGCUGUAAGUUUCACCGCCGCUAGAGAAGCAACAUUCAAAGUUGCAAAUGUUAAAGCACAAGGGACUGUUUUGGGCACUGUAUAUGGAGUUUUUGGUUGUUUUUUGUUCCACAAGGUCUUACCCAUUAGAAUCUUAUCUCUAGUUCCUUGGUUCAUUUUCACCAGUUUUCUUCAGAGAAGAAAAUUGUAUGGCCAAGCUGGUCGUAUUUUGUACGGGAUAUUACAUAUUUCUACAGUAAUUGGAGCUGUACUAAUUUUGGGCAGAACCAAGUUUGGGACUCCAAGUGAAUUUGCCAUAGCAAGAAUCACAGAAACCUUCAUUGGGUUAUCGUGCUCAAUUUUUGUCGAGCUGCUGUUGCAACCCACAAGAGCUUCCACUCUUGCAAAAGUUCAACUAUCUAGGACUCUAGGGGCAUUGCAUGAGUGUAUUGACUCAGUGAGUCUUCAAUUUGGAAGAGCACAAUUGGAAGACAGCCAAAAGUGUCUGAAACUUCAUGUUGAAGAAUUGGGGAAGUUCAUUGCAGAAGCCGAUGUGGAGCCUAAUUUCUGGUUCUUACCUUUUCACACUGCUUCUUAUGGAAAGCUCAUGAGUUCGCUCUCCAAAAUGAUGGAGCUCCUGGUUUUUAGUGGUCAUGCAAUUGGAGUUGUUGAACAAAAUUCACAAUUUCUCGAGGGUUCUUGGAAAUGCAUUGUGGCUAAAAUGGAAUGUGAUCUUGAACUUUUCAAGAAGAUGGUUGGCUCUUUGAUUAUUUGCUUUAGAGACAUCACACUGCUCAAGUCAGUAACGGUUCUCGAGAAGGAAGGGCUUGAUGAUCAAGAAAGUGGCAAAUCUUGUGAUCUCGAGUUAGGGAAACCGCAAACCCUAAAAGCAUUCAGGAUUUGUGGUUUAGUGGAUGAAGAGAUGGACAAGAUUGUAAGUUCGUAUCUUCUACACUCAAAGGAAGCUGUUGGUAUAAUUCAUUGUCAGCAAACUGAGGAGCUCAAGGGCCAGAUCGUUUUAUGUUUGAGUGCUAUAGGCUUCUGCGUAAGUGGUUUGAUAAGAGCAACAAGAGAGAUAGAAGAGGGAAUUAAAGAACUUGUUCAAUGGGAGAAUCCUUCAAGCCACGUUAAUUUGUAUGAAAUCUCUUGUAAGAUGCAUGCUCAUCAAAAGUAA